CGACUUCUUCAAGUACACCCCACCCGUGAAACAUAUUGCCUCCGAUCUGAAACUCUUCAGUCUGUCCGAACUCGGAGAGAGAGAGAGAGAGAGAGAGAGAGAGACAAACAGACAGACAGCGAGCUAGACGCCAGAGGAACAAUGGCGGCCUUCAUCAAACUUGACGAUUCCCCUAUGUUUCUGAAUCAGAUGCAUUCUCUAGAACAGACAACUGACGAAUUGAAAGAUCGCUGCCAAAGUCUAUAUAAGGGGUCUAAGAAGCUUAUAGCAGCUCUUGGAGAAGCAUUUAAUGGCGAAAGUGCCUUUGCUGAUUCAUUAGAAGCAUUUGGUGGUGGACUGGAUGAUCCUAUUAGCACAUCCAUAGGAGGUCCAGUCAUAUCCAAGUUUAUAACCGCAUUUCGUGAGCUUGCUACUCAUAAAGAGUUUCUUCGUUCUCAAUUGAAGGCCAAUGCAUAUUUACCCUCGCACCAAAAAAAGAAAAAAAAGAAAAGAAAGGCAAAGCAUGUCUUGAUUGAUCGCCUCAUGCACUUUAUGACUGUUGAUCUGGAAGAUGCAAAGGAGUCCCGUCGAUGCUUUGACAAAGCUAUAGAUGGUUAUGAUCAGGCACGAGAAAAGUUUGUGUCUUUGAAGAAAAAUACAAGAGCAGAGAUUGUUGCAGAACUAGAAGAGGAUCUACAGAACUCAAAGUCAGCAUUUGAGAGGAGCCGUUUCAAUCUAGUAAACGCCCUCAUGAAUAUUGAAGCAAAGAAGAAAUACAAGUUCUUGGAAUCUAUAAGUGCAAUGAUGGAUGCUCACCUGAGAUAUUUUAAGCUGGGAUAUGAAUUAUUGAGCCAAAUGGAACCAUUCAUUCACCAGGUAUUAACAUACACACAACAUGCUAAAGAAAUGGCAAAUGUUGAACAAGAUAAACUUGCAAAAAGGAUUCAGGAAUUCAGGACACAAACUGAGCUGGAGAAUAUACGAGCUUCAAGUAACAUGGAGCAUUCAGCAGGUACCAAUAGCAUUCUUGCUGUUGGUAUGAGCUCCUACAGAAAUGUUGAAGCAAUCAUGCAAUCCACCAACGGGCAGGUCCAGACCAUCAAACAAGGAUAUCUCUUAAAACGGUCUUCAAGUUCAAGAGGAGAUUGGAACAGGAGGUUCUUUGUGCUUGACAGCCAAGGGGCUUUAUGUUAUUACAGUACUAAGGGCACUAAACCUGUGGGCUUUCAAUCAUACCAUAGCUCAGUUGACCAUAAUAGUGGUGUGUUUGGUAGAUUCCGUUCACGGCACAAUCGGCCAGCUUCAUUUGAUAAAGAGAUUCUGAGCUCCCGUACUGUUGAUCUCUGCACAUCAACUAUAAAGAUGGAUGCAGAGGACAUGGAUCUACGACUCUGCUUCAGAAUAAUUUCUCCAUCAAAAACUUACACAUUGCAGGCUGAAAAUGAGGCAGAUAGGAUGGACUGGAUAAACAAAAUCACAGGAGCUAUUGCAUCUCUUUUGAAUUCUCAUUUUCUUCAACAGCCGCACACUGGAACAAAACACAUUGAGAAUAAUAACUCUGCCAGUCGUGCUUCUUCUGAUGUCAAAUCACUAGGUAGCCGUGAAAUCUUAGAAGAUGAAAUAAAAUUUGGCAAUGCGGAUCGUGUUUCUAGAAUUCUCCGAGGAAUUCCUGGAAAUGAUAGUUGUGCAGAGUGCAGCACUCCUGAACCAGAUUGGGCAUCUCUCAAUCUUGGCCUGUUGCUAUGCAUUGAAUGUUCUGGUGUUCAUCGGAAUCUUGGUGUUCAUAUCUCGAAGGUGAGAUCUCUUAUGUUAGAUGUCAAGGUUUGGGAACCUACUGUCUUGGACUUAUUCCAGAACUUGGGUAAUUCUUUUUGUAACUCUGUGUGGGAGGGAUUGCUUCUACUUGAGAACGAAAGGACAAAUGAAUCAAGUGCUAUUAUCACAUCAGUUACAAAGCCGUGCCCCAUGGAUGACUUUUACCAUAAGGAGAAAUACAUUCAAGCGAAGUAUGUAGAGAAAUUGCUAGUCAUCAGAGAAGUAACUGCAUCUGGGAGUCCUUCCCAUGCAACAAACAUCUGGCACGCCGUUGAGAAUAAUAGCAUUCGAGAAGUAUAUCGCCUUAUUGUGAUGUCUGAGAGAAAUAUUAUCAACACCACCUUUGAUGAUGUGGUUGGUGUCGAUUUAUAUCAUCAUGUUGAUGCAAAAGACUUGGACACAAUGGAAAGGAAACAGUAUGAUCCAGCAGCCUGUGAGAGAAUCAAGGACUCCAAAGAGCCAGGUAACUGCCUCCAGGGUUGUUCCUUAUUGCAUCUGGCAUGCGAUGGUGGUAACCCAUUGAUGCUCGAGUUGUUGCUGCAAUUUGGAGCUCAUAUAAAUAUGUGCGACUUCCAUGGGAGGACUCCUUUGCACCACUGUAUCUCCAGGGGGAACAAUCCACUGGCAAAGUUUCUACUUAGAAGAGGUGCACGUCCAUCAAUUAAAGAUGGCGGGGGGCUUAGUGCGCUGGAAAGAGCAAUGGAGAUGGGAGCAAUAACUGAUGAGGAGCUAUUUAUAUUGCUUUCGGAAUGCGACUAAACUAACAUCUUCACCUCAUCUAAGCUGCUGACGACCCACUAUUGUUUGUAAUCAUGAAUAAAGACCUGAUAAAUUUUCGUCUUUUUGAAUAAGAGCAGAGUCCCAAGUUUCUUAUUCAUUAAUUUAUUGGGAUGCAGUACUUUCCCUCAAUUAUAGCAUUUAGUUGAAUAUAAUGGAAGCGAAAGUCACAUGGACAUGAAUACAAAAUACUUGCAUUUGUCCACCAUUAUUCUCAGAUGCCGCAACGCAAUCAAAUUCCUGAAAAAUGUGCCUCAAUAAUCGAAAUUCCAUUGGAAAACUGUAACGGUAGCACAUUCUGGAACUCACUAAGGAGAGGAACUAGAAGAUCAGUCAGCAUCUGAACUGAAGCUUGAAGAGGAACAGCUACUUGCAACGUGGCAGCAGGAGCUAACACGUAAGGGUAGUGGAGCACAGCUUGAGGCAACGUGAAAAGAGGCGUGUAGAAGAAGCUAGAAGAUUAGUUGCUGCUUGUCGUUUUCCUUGUUAGAUGUAGCAUUUAAUAUACUUGAGGCUCAAGCUUGUGCACUUGGGCCCAAUAAUGCAUGUUCUGUUGAACUUGGAGGGAAGGGAUCCUCGAAUUUGUCUAAUCAAUCCAAUUCCAUUUCUUUCUUUAGUUCA